AUGUCAUAUGCUGUAGUUAAAAACGAACGUCUAGAGUUUUACGUAGUUCCAAAAAAAUGGCUCACAAAAGUCGAUGAUGAUCCAAAGCAAUAUACACUUUAUCCAACAACAAAAAUGAAAAAGUGUGUAGAAUCAAUGAAGGACGCUCAGGGUGACUGGCCGAUGGAAGAGAUAGAAAUUGUACAUAAUGAUAUUGCUGAUUUGAAACUUGCAAAUGAGUUUGUUGAUAUGAAAUGUUUGUAUGCAAACUCUGAAGCAUCUGAAAUGGACAAAAAGAAGGAUAAGACGCAAAAGAAGAGUCGUAAAAUUAGUAAGAAUGAAGUUAAUUUCAACAGCAUGUAUGAGAAAGAGUCGGGUCAUAAGCAAAAGCAAAUAAAGCUUGAAAGUGCGUUUGAAAAUCAAGUUGUACCAGAAAGUCAAAAUAUCGGUUUCUCAAUAAUUGAAGAUUCUCUUGAAAAUCGUUUUAGUUGCAACGCACUUCAGGAUAAUAUUGCCAAUGCGACUUUGCUUCCUCAGAACUCCUCUUUAGCUUCUACAAGCCAAUUCCGUCCAAAUUCACCAAUUUUUAAUAAACAUUCGUCUGAUAAUCUUUCAUCGAUGAGUGAUCACUAUCAAGAAAGUUAUUUAAAGACUCCUCGAAAUAUUGCCGUUCGUCAAAAUGAUCAAGAAUAUGACGCCACAACGAGUUUUAAUGGAACUGGAGGAAGUAUGAUGUUCAUAAGAAGAAGCACAGUUGAACAAAUUCUUCAAGAGAAUGUUAUACUACGAAAAAAUCAAGAGAACAUGAUGACUAUUAUCAAUACAAUGGCAAUUAACGAUCGAAAUGCUCACUACUAGAAAUGAUUAAGUCAGUUGGAAACGUUGAAGAAGACGUAACGUUCAGACCAAUACCGGUUUGUGCAAUCGACCAACUUAAUUUAAUUGAAAAAAAUUUACAAACCAUGCCAGAACCAUUUGUUGAAGAAUACAAAAAAAUGAUAGAAUAUUACAGAUCUACAAUUAGAAUACCUAGCAAAAAUUUCAAACCACAGAAUGGUUACAUGCAUUCAUUAAUGUCAAUGUACUUGGAACGUGAAUUCGCAAAAUCAUUCAUUUGGAAGUCAGCCAAACAACAAGCUGGUUUUGAUGUGUUUGAAAAUCAUAUCAAGUUUUUCAAAGACAUAUGCAACAAAGUGGAGAUAAAACCUGGAACGAAAAUGUUCGCAAAUUUGACAGAAGCUGAAAUUUCUGUUCAGGCAUUUUUUAAAAGUAUUCAUCAGACACCAAGGGCUCCUAAAUUAAAUACUUUAAACGUCGAGGAAGAAGGAGGUGAAGGAAACGUAGAAGGAAACUAA